AUCUUCAUUGUACUACCAACACCGUCCGAUUGAAUAACACGUCAUCGAUCCGCAUGAAUUCGUGUUUCAACGGCUCCGAUCAUGUUUGCAGAGUAACUGUAGAAACGAAGAGAAGAAGAGUGUUCUUCUCUAUUCUCCAAGUGCUCGAUUUCCGAUCGAUUUAUCAUUCUUCAAUGAACAUAGAAUCUCAAUUAUUUCUGAAUUUCAAGAUGAAGGUCACGGAUGAACCAAAGGAGAAAGUUGAUGAAAAAGAGAUCAUCGUUUUGAGUGAAGAUGAUGAAGAAGAUGAAUCCGACGAUGAAGUAGACGGCGGAGAUGACGACGGUGAUGAGGAUGACGAUGGUGAUGACGACGAUCAAGAUGGAGACGAUGAUGAUGAUGAAGAUGAAGAGGAGGAUGACGACGAUGCUCCUGAAGGUGGAAACGACGAAGACGAAGAGGAAGAUGAAGAAGAAGAAGAAGAAGAAGCAGGUGAUGGUGAGCGUGGUGGUGACCCUAACGAUGACGAUGACGACGAUGAUGAUGAGAACGAUGAUGAUGAGGAAGAGAACGAGGAGGAGGAUUUGGGAACAGACUACCUUGUCCGCCCUCUAGGCAACGCUGAAGAGGAGGAAGCGGCUAGUGAUUUUGAACCGGAGGAAAAUGGUGAGGAGGAAGAUGAAGGUGAUGAUGAUGAGAAGGCUGAGGUUCCACCAAAAAGGAAGAGGUCUGAUAAAGAUGAUUCAGAUGACGAUGAUGGUGGAGAAGAUGAUGAAAGACCCGCUAAAAAAUAGAGUUUGGGUCUAUUAUUUGCUUGAGGACUUAACAAAGUCAACUCUAGGUCAAUUAGAUCAGCAUCUGUCCUUUGAACACUUUUCAGAGAAAAGAUGAGUAGUCCAUGUAUUUGUUUCGUGUUUUAUGUAUCAUUUAUCGCACAACAUUGUUAGGAUUUGUAGUUUUUGUCUGUUGGUACAGGAUUGUAUGUUGAAACAUUUGCUAGGACACAAGUUAUUGUUGGUACUUGGUAGAUUUCUUCUUUGUACUAUUUUCUAGGUCAGCACUCAGCAGUACUUAUGUAUGCAUAAUAUCUGACCCCUUGAAAUUGUUGGUAGAUUUCUGGUUUUACAUAAGAAUGGUUUUUAGAGUCUUGUUGUA